GUAAAUCAUCUGGACACUGGGUCUCACUAUCGCCAAAUAUAUUUGGAGAUCGGCUUCGGCUACGGCUUGGCAGACAUUUUUUUCUUUCUACAAUUUUAAAUUAAAUUUAUUAGAAUAAAUGCUUCGAACACACGCGAUCUAAGUACCUUUUGUGUUUAUUAUACCUUACCUACCUAGGUAUAAAAAGAGUACUUACGUAGAUUUUCUUUUAUUAACUGUUUUAUACGAAGAUCUUGAUCUCUCAAAUUAGCAUCCAUUUUACUUCCAGUGAUUAUCAACUAAAUUAAUAAUCCACAAAGUAUUAAAUAACGUUUUUAUGAAAUAUUUAGCACAAAAACAAUACCCUUUAAAUAUCGAUCGUCAGUAACUGUGGCUGACUUACCUAUAUUCUAGCAAGCAGGACUGCCAGAUGUGAAGGGGAAAUCCCCAAUAAAUUGUUGCAUGUGACUGAUGAUGUGAGCAUGUUCGUUUCAUAAUAAAAAUGUUGCCAGGUAACCAAAAAGUCGUAUGUUUUUGUGCGAAUUACGAUCAUAAUCUUUACGAUCGUACAUUAAAAAAUAGACAAAUAAUAGUAUGAGUACGAUUUAAAUCGUAUAUCUGUCAACCCUGCUAGCAAGACAGCGACAAAAUCACGUUGCAUAACAAUGUAGCCCAAGCUUAUAUCUUAUGAAAUAUACGGAAGAGAUACGGACUUAGAAAAAACAGAAAUGUUGUUCUUUGUGGAAGUCAUUGAUGAAAUUCUAUGUAUUUUAGCCCGCAAACUUUCUUCAAACAAAAACAGCGCCAUCUAGUAUCGAGUUCUGUAAUUAUCUCUUUGUUUAUGGAUUUGAAGUAAGACCGCCACGCAUGCAAUACAUUAUGACUGGGGAUUCCCCUAUUCGUCGACGCUGAAUAUGAGGCGACGACAAUCACUGUCAAACGUGUUCACUAUUACUCUGACUCUGGUAACGUGACUUCCUGGUAACGUGUUAGGUAGGAAAAGCAGUAAAAAAGUGCAUAUUAAGGGAGCAGAUUUGAAAUAAUAUUUAUACUUAACAAGAAAUAAUUAAAGGUUCAAUGGGGAGACCUAAAGAUUUACGCAUAUGGGAGCACUACCGUACUUUACCAAACAAGUCUGUUUCUUGCAAGCUUUGUAAUAAGGUCUACAAAUUCAGUAAUGCUGCCAAAAUGCUUCAACAUCUUAUCACUUGUCCAAAAUCUCCAGAAACAUUAAAAGACUCUAUGAAACUUAUAAAAGAUAGCUCGUCCAAAACCAAAAUGUCUGGACUGUCAGAGAUAGAGACAAAUGAUUCUUUUAUAAGCCCCUCGUCGUCUGCUAACACUACAAUAAAUGCUGAGUUUCAAGACACCGAUGAUCAUAUAAAAACAGAAUUAGCGAGAGCUAUAUUUGUAACAGGGACGCCAUUAUCGAUGGUGCAACAUCCUUUAUGGAUACAAUUUUUCGAAAAAUUGCAACCAAAAUUUAAAAUACCUUCACGUAAAGCUUUAGCGACAAAAUACUUAGAUAAAAUAUAUAGAGAAAUGCGUUUUGAGUUAAAUGAGGAACUAAAUGCUUGUAGUUACUUACACCUUCAGUGCGAUGGCUGGUCUAAUUUAAGAAAUGAAGGAAUAAUAAACUUUCUUAUAUCAAAACCUCAACCUGCAUACGUUAAAAGUUUGAAUACAGAAAGUAAUCCUCACACUAGUGAAUACCUUAGCCAAGAAGUUGAAAAAGUAAUGAAAGUGUAUGGAGCAAAUAAGUUUCUUGUACUUAUUGGCGAUAACGCUAGAAAUAUACAAAAAGCAUUCGAAUUAACAAAACUCAAAUAUCCACAUGUUGUUCCUCUCGGUUGCUGUGCACAUAUCCUUAACUUGUUGUGCCAAGAUAUUGUAAAGAUACAAGAAGUAACUGUGUUUAUUAUGCAAGCCAUAAAUAUAAUAAAAACUGUUAAAAGGAGUCAACGAUUAAGUUCCUUGUUGAUAAAAUCAAGGCAGGGUGAAGAUUCUACACAAACACUAAAAUUGCCUUGUGCUACAAGAUGGGGAAGUCAUGUUACUUCGUUAAAAAGUUUGAAAGCAAAUAAGAUAGCUUUGCAAAUAUUAACAGUUAGAGAAGAUGUGGUAAUUUCAAGAGAUAUUAAAGAUUUAAUUCUAAGUGAUGAUUUCUGGACGAAGACAGGGGAAUGUAUAAGUAUUUUGGAACCAGUCACUGAAAGCAUAUUUUACUUAGAGAGCGACCAGAAUCGUUUGCAUCGCACAUACAUUACAUUUAGAGAUGUACAAGCUAAGAUACGUUUUGCAUUAAAUGAGAUUUCGACAUUGAGCGAAGAAAGCAAACAGCAGAUUCUAACAUCAGUAUCUUCAAGAUGCAAUAUGGCAAUGAGGCCAAUACAUUUUGCAGCAUAUAUUCUAGACCCCAGGACUCUAGGAGUCGAACUUACUCAAGAGGAAGAACUUAAGGGUAUGGAGUUUAUCUACAAUUUAAGCCAACACUUAAGUUUGUCAAAUGUAAUGGCAGAUUUGGCGUGUUAUAAAGCUAAAGAAAACUUUUGGGCCAGAGGAUUUGUAUGGAGCUCAUUAGAUAGCAUUGAGCCCCUAAUAUGGUGGAAAGGUAUUUGUGGUUCCACUGAGUUAAGCAAAGUAGCGAUUCGUAUUCUAUCAGCUCCCUGUACUUCGGCAGCCACUGAGCGUUCCUUUAGUAUCCAAGGCUACAUACAUAAUAACAAAAGAAAUCGACUUACAACUGAAAGAACUGAAAAAAUUUCAUUCAUUUGUUAUAACUGGAAUCUUAAACAUAAAGCUGAAUGCGAGGACAUUCAGUUUAAUGAAGAAAAUACCUUAGAAGCUUUCAUUGAGCAAGUAAAUGAACAUAACAGUUUAGACGAAAUAGAGCCUAUCGAACCUAUACAAUUCAUCGCUUGUAAUAACUCUGAAUCUGACAGUGAUUGACUGUAGUUUUACAUUUUACUUUCAUCUCUUUCUUAAUAAACUCAAAAUCAAAUUAAAAGUUUUUUAUUCUGUAGGCUGCAUAAUAAUAUUGUCUAUGUCCAGUAUAGUGGACGUCUUGCGGCUGAGAUGACGAUGAUGAAGUACAAAAUCAUAAACACCCAAAAAUUUGGGUGUUUAUGGGGUUUAAACCCAAUAAACCCAAAACACCCGGUUUUUACCCACCAGACUUUAAACCCACCCAGGUGGAUUGCCCAUC